AUGAUAAUAAUAACAAAAGAGUUGGGAAAAUAUCUAAAAAUUAAUAAUAAAAACAAUGAUAAUAAUGAUAGUGAUAAUGAUAAUGAGUAUAAUAGUAAUAAUGAUGGUGAUAGUGAUAAUGAUAAUGAGUAUAAUAGUAAUAAUGAUGGUGAUAGUGAUAAUGAUAAUGAGUAUAAUAGUAAUAAUGAUGGUGAUAGUGAUAAUGAUAAUGAGUAUAAUAGUAAUAAUGAUGGUGAUAGUGAUAAUGAUAAUGAGUAUAAUAGUAAUAAUGAUGGUGAUAGUGAUAAUGAUAAUGAGUAUAAUAGUAAUAAUGAUGGUGAUAGUGAUAAUGAUAAUGAGUAUAAUAGUAAUAAUGAUGGUGAUAGUGAUAAUGAUAAUGAGUAUAAUAGUAAUAAUGAUGGUGAUAGUGAUAAUGAUAAUGAGUAUAAUAGUAAUAAUGAUGGUGAUAGUGAUAAUGAUAAUGAGUAUAAUAGUAAUAAUGAUGGUGAUAGUGAUAAUGAUAAUGAGUAUAAUAGUAAUAAUGAUGGUGAUAGUGAUAAUGAUAAUGAGUAUAAUAGUAAUAAUGAUGGUGAUAGUGAUAAUGAUAAUGAGUAUAAUAGUAAUAAUGAUGGUGAUAGUGAUAAUGAUAAUGAGUAUAAUAGUAAUAAUGAUGGUGAUAGUGAUAAUGAUAAUGAGUAUAAUAGUAAUAAUGAUGGUGAUAGUGAUAAUGAUAAUGAGUAUAAUAGUAAUAAUGAUGGUGAUAGUGAUAAUGAUAAUGAGUAUAAUAGUAAUAAUGAUGGUGAUAGUGAUAAUGAUAAUGAGUAUAAUAGUAAUAAUGAUGGUGAUAGUGAUAAUGAUAAUGAGUAUAAUAGUAAUAAUGAUGGUGAUAGUGAUAAUGAUAAUGAGUAUAAUAGUAAUAAUGAUGGUGAUAGUGAUAAUGAUAAUGAGUAUACUGUUGCGAAUAGAAAAAGUAAAUAA